AUGAACGAUCAGUUUAAGACUCAGAAUUUAACUCCAUCUUCAUUAUUCCAACAAGAAUGUCAUCUCAAGAAAACUAUUUUGGCUGCAAAAUUCGUUUGUGCCAACUCGAGUGAUUACAUAGCUACAAAGUUUGAAAUACAAGAGGAAUCGAAACAGAGACAACGCGAAGUAUUUGAACAAGCAAGGUUUGAAAAAGAAAUAGGGGAAAGGGAAAAGCGAGAGAAGUUACAAAGGCAAAAAGAAAGAUUGGAAAAAGAAGAAACAGAUAAAAGAACAAAUUUACAACGAUUAAUUAGAGAAAGGGCUUCUGGACAUUUCAAUUGGAGACUCUUUGCGGUUUAUGGUCCCCAUUAUGAUAGAGAUAAAACUAAUUUUUGGGAGAUGUUAACCCAUAAAGUAAGUGCUUGUGACAGGCCCUGGGUAGUUAUGGGAGACCUUAAUUGUAUUCUUAACAAUGAAGAAAAGAUGGGAGGUAAGAAAGUAACAUCUUCAGAUACUCGUUGGCUAGAAGACUUCCUUCAGGAUACAGGAGGAGUAGAUUUGCGUUUCAAAGGAUGCCAAUUUACUUGGCAAAACAAAAGAUUUAAUGGAGGUCUAAUUAGAGAAAGACUGGAUAGGUGUAUUGGGUCUUAUGAUUGGAGUUCGGCUUUUCCUUCAGCAGGGAUUUUAAAUUUUCAAAUUAUGAUAUCAGAUCAUGCCCCCAUUUUGUUCGAUACCUUCAUGUUUAAAAGCAAAGGCUUCAUUCCUUUUUUAUUUUACGAUGCUUGGUCAAGGGAAGACUCUUGUCGAGAUGAAAUUUGCAAGGCGUGGUCGAAGGUGCCUCGGGGGGGAACAAGAAGUCUCUUGAAGAAUUUUGAUAACAUCAGAAGGGCUUUACAGAAGUGGAGGAAAGAGAAAGUGGGAGAUCUGGAUCAACGUAUUAGUACAUUGGAAAAUAGGCUGCAAUGGAUUCAAAGGCAACAAAUUACAGAAGAGUUUUGUAGAGAGGAGUUUCUUAUACAAGAUCAACUUCAAGAAACUUGGCGAAAGAAGGAGUCCAUGUGGAGUCAAAAAUCUCGCGAGCUGUGGUUAAAGCUCGAGGAUAGAAGCACAAGGUUCUUUCACACAGCGGCUUCGGUUAGAAGGAGGAGAAAUCAAGUCUGGCAUCUUCAAGACAAAGAUGGGAAUAUGAAGGAUAACACCAGAGAGAUUUCAGAGGUGUUCAGAUCAGGAAUUGUACAUCAGGGAUUAAAUUUCACCUUCAUCUGCCUUAUACCGAAAGUCAAUAAUCCUACAAGAAUGGAACAAUUCAGGCCAAUUAGCCUUUGUAAUUUUCCUUAUAAGAUCAUUGCAAAGAUUCUAGCUAAUAGAUUGAGGUCGUAUAUGGAAAGCUUGAUAUCUCCUCUUCAAUCAGCAUUUAUUCUGGGACGUUGGAUCGUUGAAUCGUCAAUUUUAACCCAGGAGUUAGUGCAUACUAUCAGGAAGAAAAGGGGUGUGGGAGGCUUAAUGGCAAUUAAAUUGGAUAUGCACAAGGCAUAUGAUAGGAUGGAAUGGGAUUUUGUUAGGAAGGUCCUACAGGCAAACAGAUUUGAUGAUAAGGCUUGUGGUCUUUUAAUGUCGUGUAUAACGGGAGUCUCCUACUCAGUCUUGAUGAACGAUACGCCUCUAAAGAAAUUCAAGCCUCAAAGGGGUCUUAGACAAGGAGACCCUUUGUCUCCCUAUAUCUUUCUCCUCUGUCAAGAAGUCCUUUCCAAAAUUAUUCAAAGCCAAGAAAAUAGAGGGAAGAUUCAUGGUAUUCGAAUAGCAAGAGCUGCUACUCCAAUUUCACAUCUUAUGUUCGCGGACGACACGAUUUUAUUUGCGAGAGCAAACACGGAAGAGGCAACAAACUUAAUGGGAUGUCUUAAUCUGUAUGAGAGAUGGUCUGGACAAGUUUGUAGUAGAGCUAAGUCUAGUGUCCUUUUCUUAAAUAAUUUGGAUAUAGACAAGAGGAAGGCCAUUUUGCAGAUGCUCACUAUCAAGCAAUCGGAUGGCGAAGAGAGACAUCUAGGCAAUCCCUUUGUGUUCAAGAGAAUGAAGAAGGAUAGUUUUUUGAAGUUGAGAGAGAGUAUGCUUCAGAAGCUUGCAGGUUGGAAGAUGAGAUUGCUGUCUUAUGCAGGGAGACUGACUUUAAUCAAGUCAGUUGCGUCGGCUAUGUCAAUAUACGCGAUGUCUACGAAUAGAGUCCCAAUUUCAAUCUGCAGGGAGUUGGAUGCCUUGUUAAGAGCGUAUUGGUGGCAAGGUCAAGUUAACAAGGGAAGCAAGGAAGUGGAUUUUUCUCUUGUGAUUCAAGUCGUUUCCAUCAAGUUUAGAGUGAUUCUAGUAGAGAUGCUUUAG